CUCUGUGACACUGCGAGGAGCAGAGCGAUGGGGUCCACGACACUGAUCCCCACACCCCACCACUACAGAUGGAGAGGAUUAUAGGAAUAACCCACUAGAAUAGUGACCUGAUGAAAAAUGCUUGUGUUCAAAAGCUUGUCUAACUUAAUCCAGACCAUGAAAAAGGUCCAAUAAAAGAUAUCACCCACAAAAAUCCUUGCUUCUCACUAGAAGAGUGAAAGGAAAAACCCAGCUACACCUCAUGGAGGAAGUAGGAGGAGACAAUCACACAUCUAUCACAGAAUUCCUCCUUCUAGGAUUUGGGACCAUUCCACAGCUACAGAUUUUUCUCUUCCUGCUGUUUCUAGUGAUCUAUAUGUUGACCGUGACUGGGAACAUCCUCAUCAUUGUGCUUGUUGUUGCUGAUCCACAGCUUCAUACCCCCAUGUACUUCUUCCUGGGAAACUUGUCGUACUUGGAAACUUGCUACACCUCCACUGUCCUGCCCAGGAUGCUGGCCAGUCUCCUGACAGGGAACAGAACCAUUUCUGUUAGGGGCUGCAUUACACAGUUUUAUUUUUUUGCAAGCCUGGCAGGUACAGAGUGUUGUCUCCUAGCUGCAAUGUCUUAUGAUAGGUAUUUAGCAAUUUGUAAACCACUGCUCUAUGCAAUGUUAAUGAAUGGCAGAGUCUGUCUACUGCUAGCAACUGGAUGUUGGCUAGGAGUAUUGCUGUUUUCUACAUUAUUAAUAAGUUUUAUGUCACAAUUAACUUUCUGUGGGCACAAUGAGAUUGACCACUUCUUUUGUGACUUCACUCCAGUGAUACAGCUCUCCUGCAGUGAUACGAGGCUGGUCAUUCUUAUUAGUUUUAUAACUUCCUCCUUGGCUGCCCUUUCCCCAUUUCUCUUAACUCUGGCAUCCUACAUUUGUAUCAUAGAUGCCAUUCUGAGAAUCCCUUCUGGGAGGGGAAGACAAAAGGCAUUUGCUACCUGCUCCUCCCACCUCAUUGUAGUAACCAUUUUUUAUGGGACCAUAUUGAUUGUAUAUUUCUUACCAAAAAACAACAUGCUGAGAUACUUGAACAAAGCAUUUUCUGUUUUCUACACAAUCCUUACACCCCUGAUCAAUCCCCUUAUCUACAGUCUGAGGAACAGAGAAGUGAAAGAGGGCCUGAGAAAAGUUGUCAGCAAAUUUAGGAUCCUGGGAAUUCAAACUACCAGGCUGAUAUGAGGAUAAGUGAAAGAAACAGUAAUUGUGCGGUUUGGGUUUCAAGAGUCUUCUGCACAAGCGUUGUAUCUUUACGUUUGUUAAAGGUGAACCUGGUUGAAAGGCAGUAUAUUCUUGUAAACAGUUAAAUCUUUAUCUUUCCUUCCCCUCUUUGAGGUGGAACGUUCUGAACAUGAACCCCCCCCCUCCACCCCACACACACAAUUUCAGGCUCCUCUGUACUUAUGCUAAUAAUAUGUAUUAUUUCUCAUGGGUUUUGUAGAACUAAUAAAAGUUCUUCCAGAGUAAAAGUGACUAGGUUGAUACAACCCUCGAUGUGAGGUGCUUGAUAAUCCUAAGAAGUAUAUUAUCAUCUAUUACCUAUAUCCUGUUGUACUGCACUUGGCUUGGUAUUUUCCAGACAAAUGGGAACAAAUAGUUUCUGCUCCUGAUGGAUGUCAGCCAUCAAGCCUGAACCUUUGUCUCUACCAGCAGCUCUGCCAGAAGCUUCAUCUCCAUCAACAAUUUCUAGAGAGAGGGCAUGUCUCCCUUAUCUCUAAAGGGCAUAUCUCCCUUAUUUCUAGAAAGAGGACAUGUUGCCUUAUCGUGAUGUUAUUGUCCAGUGCUUUAGUACUUCCUGUUGGAAGUACUAAAGCAAGGUGCAGUAACAGCCUUUGCAUGCAUGGUGCAUGGUUAUUUUUAGCAGAUACUUCACCAUAACAGUGUACUAUAAUGGAAGGGGUGAGAGGGGUGGAAAUUGCUAUGGCAGAGUAGCUGCUCAUCAUGUGUAGACACCGAUGGACACUACACUGCUGCAUCAUGAAGGUACCAAAUUGAUAGGCGAUUAGUUGCAGUGCAGUAAUGCAUGUGUAGAGGCAUUACCGUGCAGUAAUGUGGGAGCCUCCAGGCUGGGUCUGCCCAGUCACUAUGGAGCCAGCUGGAGG